AUGUCAGGAACAAGCGACACCAACAAACCACUGGAGCCAGAAGAUACCCUCAACGGCGCCGGUCGCUACGAUCCAAACUUCACAAACCAUGUCAUAUCUUCAAUCGGUCCGGCCACAGACCCUCGCCUCCGCAAAGUCAUGACCUCUCUGAUCAAACACGUCCAUGAUUUUGCCCGCGAGGUCGAUCUCACUGUAGACGAAUGGAUGGCGGGUGUAGACAUGAUCAACCGCGCUGGUCAAAUGUCUACCGACCGCCGCAAUGAAGGCCAACUUCUGUGUGAUGUCAUUGGCCUCGAGAGUCUGGUUGAUGAAAUCACAUUCAAAGCCGCCGCAGAUGCGAAAGACGCGGUCACCCAAAGCGCAAUCUUGGGUCCGUUUUUCCGCCAUGAUGCUCCUCUACGAAACAUGGGUGAUAGUAUAUCUUUCGACACACCAAAAGACGCAGAGGUCGCUUAUAUGCACGGCGUGGUGUAUGAUGCUGUCACCAAGAAACCCGUGGAUGGAGCUGAGAUCGACAUCUGGCAAGCGUCCACGAACGGAUUGUAUGAACAGCAGGAUUCAGAUCAACAAGAACACAAUCUUCGUGGAAAGUUUAAAACCGGAAAGGAUGGAAGUUAUGGAUUUUAUUGUAUCCGACCGACUCCUUAUCCAGUCCCUGAUGACGGCCCGGCUGGUGAGCUGUUGAAAAAGCUGGACAGACAUCCUUUCAGACCUGCGCAUAUUCAUCUAAUUGUUAUUCGACAGGGGUACAAACCAAUCACGACCCAGAUUUUCGACGCAGAGUCCAAGUAUCUAGACAACGAUUCUGUUUUUGCGGUCAAGGACUCUCUGGUCGUCAAAUUUGAGCCUCGGCAGAGAGACGAAAAGGCUGGCUUGGAGUUGAAGUACGAUAUCCUGCUUGGUCCGACCGAGUAA